AUUUUAGCACUAGUUGGUAUUGCUCGAACGUUCGUUAAAAACCGUUGAAAGUAUCAAAUAAAAUCAGUGUAACUAAUAACAAUUAAAAGUGAAUUGUGCAGUGCAAAGUGCAUAUUAACGCCAGCAAAAUGUAUUUUUUGGCAGUGCUUGCGUUUAUUGGGAAUGCCAAAGAUAUCAACGCGGUGAGCUCCAGCCUCAUACAAGGCGGACAUUGCCGAGAUUAUAAUGGCAAACUCUAUGAAACUGGCAUGCAUUAUAUGCCAGGACCGGACUCGUGUCGUCUGUGCAUCUGCGACAGCGGAUUGCCCAAGCAAUGCAAGAUGGUGCUUUGCGAGGCGUUCAGCAAAUGCAAAUCCUUUCAGACCGUUGGCAGUGGCAAUAAUUGUUGCGAGGUCAUCUGCCUGGACGAUCAGUUUAGCGAUGGCAGCACCGAUUUUGGCAUUUGA